CGAUGAAUUAUGCAUAACCUUCUUGCCUUGCAUCGUUCAGGCCCAAGACAACACCAUGGGACGCUUAAGGAAGAAGGGGAAGGCAGGCGCAGCCAAGGCUUAUAUGACGCGUUCUACCGCGGUGAAAAAGUUGCAAUGCUCACUGGCUGAUUUCAGACGGUUGUGCAUUUUAAAAGGCAUAUUUCCUCGCGAGCCGCGAAACAAGAAGAAGGCCAACAAGGGGUCGACUGCACCGACAUCCUUCUAUUAUGCGAAAGAUAUUGCGUAUCUUCUGCACGAGCCUGUCCUGAACAAAUUGCGAGACCAUAAAGCAUUCGCAAAGAAAAUCUCCCGUGCACUCGGAAGGGGUGAGUGGAGUAUCGCGAAACAUCUGGAGGAGCAAAAACCUUCGUAUAAGCUGGAUCAUAUCAUAAAAGAGAGAUACCCCACAUUUAUUGACGCUGUGAGGGACAUCGACGAUGCAUUAUGCAUGAUAUUCCUUUUUGCCUCGCUUCCAGCGAACGACCGCGUUUCCGCUGCGCUGGUAGCUAAUUGUUCCCGUCUCGCUGCCGAAUGGCAGUUAUAUAUAAUGCAUUCACGGUCGCUCAAGAAGGUCUUCUUGUCGAUCAAGGGGAUCUAUUAUCAGGCAGACGUCAUGGAUCAGAAUGUAACAUGGCUUGUACCCUAUCAGUUCACUCAGAAUGACGUCCGGGUGAUGCUUACUUUCUUGGAGCUCUAUCAGACGCUGCUGGGUUUCGUGUUCUUCAAGCUUUACACAGACGCCGGGCUAAUUUAUCCUCCUCCCCUGGAUACAACUCGAGAUGAAGCUGGGGCGGGCAUCGGCGCAUUUAGUCUCCAAGUAGCCGACCGCAAAGUCGUGGCUCUUGAACCAAACAAUACUGCGAAAAAGGCCUCAUCAAAGGAAGUCCGCCGAGCGAUCAAGAGCAUCGCUACAGGGAAAUCACCAACUGGUCGUGUUGAGUCCAUGGACGUUGUCGAUGACCCACCCAAGGCAACGGAGGUAGACGAGGAAUUCGUCCCUCAUCCAUCCGCCAAUGAUUCCAGCCCGACAGCAUCGCUUCCUACUUUGCAAUCGAUAUCUUCAGUUCCUAGGUCGAAUUCCUCAUCUCUCUUCUCGCCAUAUACAUUUUUCCUGUCACGUGAGGUUUCACGACCUGUGUUCGAAUUUUUAAUUCGUUCUUUUGGAGGUCGCGUGGGGUGGCCCGUGUCUUCUGGGAGCGGAUCGCCUUUCACUGAAUCCGAUGAGAGCAUCACUCAUGUCGUCAUCGAUAGACCCGCAGUUACCAGAAAUAACGAGUCUUGCGAAGGAAGUGAGCAAAAAGGAAAGCGAAAAUACGUGCAGCCACAAUGGGUUGUAGACUGCAUUAACGCCGGGCGGAUACUCCUUGAAGAUCUCUAUCGUCAAGGCGCGACUCUUCCACCUCACUUGUCACCAUUCGAUGCCAAACCCGGCGCUUAUGACCCGACUGCACCUUUGUCCGAGGACGAAUCAGGAGCUUCCAUUCAUGAAGAGAAUGAGGAAGUAGGGGGAGCCGAAAGUGACAGCGAAGAAGUGAAAGGUGGGACGAAGAAAGCUGUACCUGUGCACGUCGAUGCAGAAUCUCUGCGCGCCGCAGAGUUGGCUGCAGAAGUUGCGGGAGUCGAGUACGAUGAAUUCCAGACAGGAGUAAAGAAGCUACAGACCACGCGCCGUGGAGUGGGGGGCAAAACUGCCAAGCGAUGCGACGAGGAGGAUAUGAGUAAGGUGUUGUUGAGUAACAAGAAGCGCAAGUUGUACGAGAGGAUGAAGCACAGCCAGAGGAAGCAGGCAGCCGAGCACGAUGCACUGAGGGAAAAGCGCAAAAAAAUCGACAGACAAAAUCGACAGUCUGCCCGAUGAUAGCCAGUGUCUGCUCUGGUCUACUAAACUCGGAGUCGUGACUUACACAGGUUGCAAAUGCGUACAUACAUACAUCGUUAGGUGUAGUAUACGAUGUUCGAAAAUGGAUUACUAAUUGUGAUGGAGGGUC